UAAGGAUGUUAUGUCGGCCGCUUAUCGAUAUACUCUCUCCUCUCGAAAAAAAACGAUUCCGUGCAAUGUGACGAGUGUGAGGGGAAACGAUCGUGGGACGUUUGUUAACUCGACGAGUGACGGAAACAAUGGUUCUACCAUCUCUAUUGUCAAAUUCAUCGUUACCGUUGUGCUUGCGACAUCUCGUACGGUUGACGUCGACGUGUGAUUUCGUCAGGAGCCGAUAUUUACGCACUUUGCCGCCGACGAUUUUGUCGGGAGUGCUCGGACGUGAUAAAGGAAAGCGCUUUGGGAAAGAUGCAACCGCGGGAUCGGAUUUACAAGGAGUGCACAAUUUCACUUCGCCAUGUUUGCGGGAAGAGCUCCUGUGCAAGUUGUCGGAGCCAGUUAGAGACUGUUGCCACAAAGUCGCUAUCGUAGGCGCUGGUAUGGUCGGUGUUGCUGUCGCCAAUUCGCUUCUCUUUCAGCGAAUCACUUCGCACAUCGCGAUGGUAGAUGCCUUCCCCAAAAAGCUGGAAGGCGAAGGAUUGGACUUCGUCCACGGCUCCGUGUUCAUGGGAGAUCCAAAGAUCGAGUACGAUACUGAUUUUUGCGUGACGAGUAAUUCGAAGGUCGUAGUGAUAGCCGCGGGUGUACGGCCGAUCAAGGGGGAAACUCGACUUGACUUGGUUCAAAGAAAUAUGGAGAUAUUCAAAAAUAUAAUUCCGCCUCUGGUGAGCUAUAGCCCAAACGCGGUGUUCGUCGUCGUCAGUAAUCCAGUGGAUAUCUUGAGUUGGAUCACCUGGAAACUAAGCGGACUCCCGAUUCAUAAAGUAAUCGGUAGCGGGACCCAUCUAGACAGCGCGAGGUUUCGCUAUCUGAUCGGCGAUCGACUAGGAAUUGCGCCGAGUUCGGUGCGCGGAUACAUUAUCGGCGAGCACGGGGACAGUCAGGUUCCGCUCUGGUCUGGAGUGAACGUUGCGGGUGUGCAAUUUCGCGAUAUUAUCCCAAACAUCGGUUUAGACACGGACGACGAAAAAUGGAACGAUAUAUCGAAGGAAGUCGUCAGAUUAGGCGCCAUGGUCCGAUGCUUGAAAGGAUACUCAAAUACGGCCGUUGGACUUUCCGUAGGCGAUAUCGUAUCGGCGAUAUUACAUAAUACGCAGACGAUUAUACCAGUUUCGACUUUGAUCAAGGGUCAUCACGACGUGUGCCACGAGAUAUUCCUGUCCUUACCCUGUGCGAUCGGCGAGAACGGCAUCACGCAGAUCAUACGGAUGCGUAUAACCGAACUUGAGAAAAAAAUGUUCCAGGCUUCGGCGAACAUUGUGUACGAUGUGCAGAAAGAUCUGAAACCCUGAGCGCAUGGGCGCGAAAGAGACGUUAGACCAGCGUGUUCAUUCUGUUUUGUAAGAAAAGUCCUACCGCGAUUGUUAUAAAUUAUACGUAUUUUGUCUCGA